AUGGCCGACAAAAGGAAACUGCAAAGUGACAUUGAAAGAAACCUCAAGAGAGUACAGGAGGGGAGAACUGCCUUCCAGGAAAUACUGGAUAAAUUUGAAAGUACCAACAAUCCAACUCAAAAAGAAAAAUUUGAAGGCGAUCUAAAAAAAGAAAUUAAAAAACUUCAAAGAUUAAGAGAUCAAAUCAAAACAUGGAUUACAGCUAGUGAAGUGAAAGAUAAGCGACCAUUAUUAGAAGCACGUAAGGAAAUCGAACAGGAUAUGGAACGAUUUAAAGUAAUUGAAAAAGAGACAAAAACUAAAGCUUAUUCCAAAGAAGGUCUAUUAUCAACUGAAGCGAAAAAGGACCCAUUACAGAAAGAAAAAGAAGAAUUAGAUGAUUGGUUAAAACAAUGUAUUAGUUCAUUAAAUACACAAACAGAAAAAUAUGAGUUUGAGAUUGAAAGCUUAUCAAAUAAUACUAAAAAGAAAAGAAUAGAUAAAGAAACAGCUUCAGCAAUCGAUGAAAAACGUCAACGUUUAGAAAUGUGUUGUUUUCAUGUUGAAAAACUUGAAACCAUUAUGCGUUUAUUAGAUAAUGAACGAUUAGAUUGUACAAAGGUUAGAUCUAUUCAAGAGUCUAUUGAAUAUGUGAUCGAUUGUAGUGAUAAUCAGUCUAUGUUUGACUUUAAGAAUAUUUAUGAUGAUUUAUGUUUGGAUGAGUUAGGUGAUUCUACUGGAAUAACUGCAGCACCAGGCACUGCAACAGGAAAUCAAGAGCAUGAUUUAAAUGGUGUAAUUACCCCCGGUACUACACUAGUAAAUCAACGAGUAGGGAGUGAUGAUGCUGGCUCUUCAACUUCGACUCAUACAAGUGCAUCAAAUAAUACAGAUUCGUCUGUCACUCAUCCUGGGUCAUCAGCAUCAUCCAAUGCGUCUUCUUCCCGAGAACGUGCUAAAAGUGAUGAUAAAGUCUCCUUGUUACCACAUGUAUCCGCUUCUUCUACUAGUACACCAAUGAAAUCUUCAAAUACACCAGGUUCAUCGGGCAAACAAAAACCGGCUGCUUCAAUUAAUCAAACUGCUCCUGCUCUUAUGUCCCAAGUUGUUGCUGGCACUCCUAAUAAAUCUGGAAAGUUGAACGCAAAUAGUCAUUCAACAUCAAACAGUAUGACAAUCGUUGCCGAGAUAGGCCCGGCCAAACCCUCUAGUACUAUAGAUUCUCAGGUCGUUGUUGACGAUCUUGCUCGAAACCAGAAGAACGAAACCACCCAAAAACAUAAUGACCGUCCCAAUACAGUUACAACAAAUCCUCAGUUACAAUCACAGAUAAAAAAUGGCCCCAGUGACGAUAGCAAUUCAUUAACACCUUUCUCCUCUGUUUCAGGAACAAAUUUAACGUCUACAGCACCUAGUCUUGCAUUUUCCGCCUCUCAUAUAAAGGAAGAUUCUUCUGUGAUCAACAGUCGUGAAGAAUUACUUGCGCCAUGUCAACCGUCAUGUGUUUCCAACUCAAUAAAUUCUUCGUCACCUAUUCCGCUCCGAAGUAUGUCAUCUGAAGUUAGCAAAGCUUCAGGUGUUACUAAUGCUUACAACAAUUCGAUGCUUUCCACUUCUACAGACGAAAACUCUGAAAACGUAAGUCGUACUCCUCCCAGUCUAUAUUCAACGGCUAUGCUAGCUGCUUCUCAGGAUAAACAAUUGUCAUCCCUACUCGCUUGCUCUCAACAUCCAUCUUUAGGACGUGCAGGUUCGAAUUCUGUUGUGGAUCCGUCACUUUCUGCAAUUUCCUUGUCCAGUAAAUUUCACUCAACAUCUGGUGUUUCAUCUUUACCACUUCCUUCAACUAUCAUAUCUACAACCAAUCCUCAAGUACAGUCCUCUUAUUUGGGACUAGACAGCCAACUAUCCAGUAUACAACCGUCUUUACAUUCUCAACAAAUAAAAAAUCAGAAUAGUCCUGUUCAUGCUCAUAUGCAUCCACGUGAUGCUGCUGCUCCCUUCCGUAACAGAAAUUUGGACAAACCCAAAGGAGCUGUACCACAAGAGCUUCUUUUACAACUUCAAGCAUUAGAAAGUGGUUAUCGUCGUUUACCACAUUCAUGUGAUACAGAGAAAUCUCGUAUGAUUAUAUGUAAAAAUCCAAUUAAUUGUCCAAAUUAUUAUCCACGUGAACCAUUAACUGGUACUGAUAAUGAAGAAUAUUAUAUGAAAUUAGAUGCACAAACAUUAUUUUUUAUAUUUUAUUAUUUUGAAGGUACUAAAGCACAAUAUUUUGCUGCUAAAGCAUUAAAACGUAUGUCAUGGAGAUUUCAUACAAAAUUUAUGAUGUGGUUUCAACGACAUGAAGAACCUAAACAAAUUACUGAUGAAUAUGAAUCUGGUUCAUAUAUUUAUUAUGAUUAUAGAACAAUGCGACAACGUAAAAAAGAAGAAUUUAUGUUUCAUUAUAGUUUUUUAGAAGAUAAAGAUUUUUAA